AAUUUACUUUCGCGGGUUGUUUUGAUGAAAUAAAAAUUAAUACUUACCAACAAUUAUUUACCAAUGCGGUGAACUAAAUAUGGACAACUCACAAAGCUCUGACAUUUUCUCCAAUAACGGCGAUCAUUCCUGUGAAAGUUCUAUUAUGAUGGAUACAACCUCAUACAAAGCAUUGUUAUCAAACACGAAGCUGUCUUUAUCUAAAAGUCUAAGGGUGGAAGUCGCAAAGCAAACUUUUUCUGUAUACUUUACCAACGCUCUGGAAGACUGUGCAACUUGCAUUUAUCAAAGUUUAGAUCUUCUGAUAGAUGCAUUAACAGAACCAAUAGGUCAAAAAAUAAAGCUUCAAGAAUACAUAGAAGACACAGUGUGCCUACUUAAGCUGCUUUCAAACUUUAUCAAAGGUGUCGUUGAGACAGUCACAAUGUCAUGUUGUAGCAUGAAAACAUUCCCUACUUCCACUGGCAGGAUUAUUUUGACUAUUUUCAAUCAUUGUAAAGAUAGUGAAACAUUAUAUGGGGUUCACCUAAAAAGUGUAGAAAAGCAGUUAAAAGAUCUGUUCAAAAUGUGCCACGAUUUGCAAUUAACUUACCUGAUGAUCUUGGAAAAACACUUUAUUUUUGAUUUGGCCGAAUUUGAAGAACUGACAAUAUUGCUUGAAGCUCUUGAUAUCAAUUUGAAAAUUGGUGCAAUAGUUGAAGCUCUAGAUGUGAAAACAAUGGCAGAGCAAUGGAAGGCGUUCACCAUUAUAUGCGAAAAGUACUCGACUAGUUUGAAAGAUAAACGCAUUUACCAGGAUUGUAUAAAAAUUCUAAGCUCUAUGAUUGAGAAUAAGUUGAAAUUUGCUGUUGAGUCAAACCAAGAAGACAAAGUUACUACAAGGUCCCUAAAAGUGGCAAGCUUCAUAAUAAAAAUUCUUUUGAAAUUGUGUAACACAUUUAAACAAGGAACUUCAAAAAAUUACGACUGUUUGGUUGAAAUGUUAAUAUGUAUCUAUUCAAACAGCAUCCCCAGCAAUCAGUUAAAAGUUGAGAAAUCAUCUCUAUUUUACAAUCAAUUGAUUAGCUGUGUUUUAACGCCUACUGAGAUUCUACUCAACGAAUUGUUGUCAGAUGAAAUAUUUGUCAAUUACAUACUACGUGUUGACAUAAGAACACUAAAUCAAGAAGAUAGGCUGUUGGGAUAUAUGCUUCUAAUAGUCUCAGUAAUAAAAGCUGUACUUCAAAAGAAUGAAGAGGUAAUCACUAAACAUCAAUUAAUACAAUGUGUAUUUAGAUUAUUGCCUUUUGGACAUGUUUGGUUCAAUAUUGGUCUCAAACUGAAUUCACAAGCAAACUCUAUACGUCAAACAAUCGGUUUGUUUGAACACUUGCUAGCUCACACACUUGCAUUAUCUUGCACUAUGAACAAUGAGGAAGUUAAAUUUCUUGAGAAAAGUAUUUAUGAAGCUAUACUGAGUUUGGAUUGCUAUAGUGCUGUAUUUUCAUCUAACUUAUGGAGCUUGUUAGCUAGUAUGUCCCACCGACAGUACGUCCUCAGCCAAUUAUUCUUUCUAUGCAAAUCAUAUCAGACAUUAGAGAGCAACAAACUGUUUGCAAAAUCACCACAGGAAGUACAUUUAAGCUUCACCAUAAGCAAAUUAUUUAAUGUAAUUAAUGAUGAAGAUAAACUAAAGUUAUCCAAACAAUUUAACAUAGAUAAUGAAAGGAAUAUGACAAUUUGGCAUUGUUUGAAAGUUCGAAAUCUGCCCAUAAAUUUGCAAAGUAUUGUUGAAAAACAAAUAUUGGACAAACUUAAUACAAAGUUGGAAAAUUUGGCUUCGUCUGGAGUUCGAAGUAAGAAGGACAUGGAUAGUAUUACCAACCUACUAAAAAUGGUCAAAACCUGUGCGUUUGUAACUAACACAGAAAGUCUAGAAAAUGAUAUAACAAACGCCUGGCUAAAAGCAUGUCCAGUGAACAAUCCAUUCAUACUUUCGAAAGGUGACUUUAAAAAAGGAGCCAUGUGGUAUUUGGACUAUAUUGAGGCAUUAGUUUCCUUGACUCUCUCUAUGAAGAAUUUGUUUCAAAGGACUUCUAAUUUGGUCAAGAUAUUACACACAUCUUCAAAAAUGAUCGAAAGAGGUAGCACGGAGCUAAAAUUAGUACUAAUCAAUUUAAUAUGCAAUUUACCAAUAGAUCAUAUGAACAGCGAAAACAAAAUCCUCGCUGAUUCCAUACUUGUACAAACAUUUAAAAAUAUAAUGCAAGACUUUGAUGCAGUUGUAAGAAAUAAACUCCUCAAUGAAGUUUGUAAUCCAAGAAAUGAAGCACAAAAUCAAAGGAUAUUGAAAAUUCUUAACGAUAAUUCUUUACGACAAAUAUGGAACACUUUGUCUGUCCAAAGACAACAAAAUGUACAAAAGGAAAUGAAGGAUAGAUUAGAAUUAUCUAUGCCAUUGACAUAUCGUCAUAGGUGUUUAGAAUAUGAGGUAAUAGAAUUAGGCAGUAUAAGGACAAGUAUAGAUAAUUCGAAAAGUAAUAAUUUCGAUUUGGCGGAUAUUGAUACAUUAUUUGAGGUUGAAAGAGAUUCUGAACCUGCGUCCAAGAAAAUUAAGCUUAACGUGGAUAUAGAACAAAUAAUUUGUCAAUUAGAACAAGAUGUAUCGACACUAUGUAAUGUGAAAGAAAAUUUGAGUGAAUACAAAAAUAGAGUUAGAAGCGUGUGUGAUAAGUUGAAUAGUUUAAUAAAUUGA